AUGGUUUCUGGUUUUGAUAGAAAUGGUUCAUGGAGCAAAUCAAAUAUUUCUGGAGAACAGUUUUCUAAGUUGGCACCACCAAAGUUUGCAAGAACACCUCUUGACCAGACAGGGGUCUCUGGAGGAGUCGCCUCAUUCAUCUGUCAAGCAACGGGAGACCCAAGGCCUAAAAUUGUCUGGAAUAAGAAGGGCAAAAAAGUCAGCAAUCAGAGAUUUGAGGUAAUAGAGUUUGAUGAUGGAUCUGGAUCAGUCCUCAGAAUACAACCACUGCGAACUCCACGAGAUGAAGCUAUUUAUGAAUGUGUUGCAUCUAACAGUGUUGGAGAAAUAAGUGUGUCCACAAGACUUACUGUCUUGCGUGAGGAUCAAAUUCCACGUGGUUUUCCCACCAUUGAUAUGGGACCACAGUUAAAGGUGGUUGAGCGCACUCGAACAGCCACCAUGUUAUGUGCAGCCAGCGGCAAUCCUGAUCCAGAAAUAACGUGGUUCAAAGAUUUUUUACCUGUAGAUACAAGCAACAAUAAUGGGCGCAUUAAGCAAUUACGAUCAGAAUCUAUUGGUGCCCUCCAAAUCGAAUUGAGUGAAGAAUCUGACCAAGGCAAAUAUGAGUGUGUUGCAACCAACACUGCGGGUACUCGCUAUUCUGCCCCUGCCAAUCUUUAUGUCAGAGCAUUGCCCAAACCUCCAGGAACUCCUGUUGUGACCGAAAGCACAGCAACAAGCAUUACUUUGACCUGGGAUUCUGGAAAUCCUGAGCCAGUGUCUUACUACAUAAUCCAGCAUAAACCUAAGAAUUCUGAGGAACUAUAUAAAGAAAUUGAUGGAGUAGCCACAACAAGAUAUAGUGUGGCUGGCUUAAGCCCAUAUUCUGAAUAUGAGUUCAGAGUGGUUGCUGUGAAUAACAUAGGAAGGGGUCCACCCAGUGAACCUGUGACAACACGGACCUCAGAGCAAGCACCAUCUAGUGCACCACGUAAUGUACAAGCUCGUAUGUUGAGCUCAACCACCAUUUUAGUGCAGUGGGAAGAACCUGAGGAACCAAAUGGUCAAAUACAAGGCUACAGAGUGUAUUACACUAUGGAUCCUUCACAACAUGUCAACAGCUGGUUAAAACAUAAUGUGGCUGAUAGCCAUAUCACCACCAUUGGGAAUCUUGUACCACAGAAAACUUAUUCAGUAAAAGUACUUGCUUUUACCUCAGUUGGAGAUGGACCACUUUCUAGUGAUAUACAAGUCAUCACUCAGACAGGAGUCCCAGGACAACCACUAAACUUCAAAGCUGAACCUGAAUCUGAAACAAGCAUCUUACUUUCUUGGACCCCUCCACGAUCUGAUACAAUCUCCAAUUAUGAUCUUGUUUACAAGGAUGGAGAACAUGGUGAAGAGCAGAGAAUUUCUAUUGAUCCAGCUACAUCUUAUCACUUGCAAGGCUUAAAACCAAAUAGCUUAUACUACUUUCGUUUGGCUGCACGUUCUCCACAAGGUCUUGGUGCAUCAACAACAGAAAUUUCAGCUAGAACAAUGCAGUCAAAGCCAUCAGCUCCUCCUCAAGACAUUAGUUGCAACAGCCCCAGCUCCACUAGUAUUUUGGUAAGUUGGCAACCUCCUCCAGUGGAAAAACAGAAUGGAAUUAUCACUUCCUAUUCCAUCAAGUACACUGGAACUGAUGGAGAAGAUGACAAGCCCCAUGAAAUUUUGGAAAUUACUCCAGAUACUACACAGUACCUUUUGGAACAGUUGGAAAAAUGGACUGAAUAUCGCAUUUCUGUGGCAGCCCACACUGAUGUCGGACCUGGCCCAGAGAGUGAAUCUGUAUUUAUUCGGACAGAUGAAGAUGUUCCUAGUGGUCCUCCUCGCAAAGUCGAGGUUGAGGCUGUCAACUCUACAUCUGUUAAAGUGUCAUGGCGUUCUCCAGUGCCCAAUAAGCAGCAUGGCCAAAUCCGAGGUUACCAGGUGCAUUAUGUGAAGAUGGAAAAUGGAGAGCCUAGAGGCCAACCUAUGCUGAAGGAUAUCAUGUUGGCUGAUGCACAGUGGGAAUAUGAUGAUACUACUGAACAUGAGAUGAUCAUAGCUGGAUUACAGCCAGAGACAACCUAUUCCCUUACUGUGACAGCCUAUACAACUAAAGGAGAUGGAGCACGGAGCAAACCUAGAUUAGUAUCUACUACUGGUGCAGUUCCAGGAAAACCUCGGCUUGUAAUUAGCCACACACAAAUGGGUACGGCUCUAAUUCAGUGGCACCCACCUGUCGAUACAUAUGGCCCUCUGCAAGGGUACCGCCUGAGGUUUGGCCGCAAAGACAUGGAUGCAUUUACGACACGGGAUUUUACGGAUAAAGAUGACCACUACACGGCUACUGAUAUUCAUAAAGGGACGUCUUACAUAUUCAGGCUUUCAGCUAGAAAUAAAGUGGGCUUUGGGGAAGAAAUGGUAAAAGAAAUUUUGAUUCCAGAAGAUCUACCAAGUGGAUUUCCUCAAAAUCUACAUUCAGAAAGUGCCACCUCGACCUCUAUCCAACUAAUCUGGCAACCACCCAUUUUAUCUGAGAGAAAUGGUAUAAUCUCCAAAUACACUCUACAGUACAGAGAUAUCAAUGUGGCCCAUCAACAAACAGAGAUCCCUGUUGCUUCGGUUGAUACUAUUACGACACUUUCAGGCUUAAAACCAGAUACCACAUACGAUGUAAAAAUACGUGCACAUACAAGCAAAGGGCCUGGUCCAUAUAGUCCCAGUAUCCAGUUUAGAACAUUACCUGUGGAUCAAGUGUUUGCAAAAAAUUUUCAUGUCAAAGCAGUCAUGAAAACAUCAGUCCUUCUUUCUUGGGAUAUACCAGAGAAUUACAACUCUGCCCUGCCUUUCAAAAUUCUUUAUGAUGAUGGGAAAAUGGCAGUUGAAGUGGAUGGCCGAGCCACACAGAAACUGAUCCCCAAUCUGAAGCCUGAGACAUCCUAUUCCUUUGUGCUAACCAAUAGAGGGAACAGUGCUGGAGGUCUGCAACACAGGGUAACGGCAAAGACGGCCCCAGAUGUACUACGCACCCAACCACUUUUCAUUGAUAAGACUAAUCUAGAUGGAAUGAUAACAGUGAAACUACCAGAAGUUCCAGCAAACAAAACUAUAAAAGGUUACUAUAUAGUAAUUGUACCUUUGAUAAAGAAAUCAGAUGGAAAAUUCAUGAAACCACGCGAGAGCCCAGAUGAAAUGGAAUUAGAUGAGCUACUGAAAGAGAUAGCACGAAAACGCAGAAGCAUUCGUUUGGGGAGAGAAGCAGAUUUAAAGCCAUAUAUUGCAGCACACUUUGAAGUUCUUCCUACUGAGUUCACCCUGGGGGAUAAGAAACAGUAUGGUGGUUUUGAGAACAAGCAGCUCCAAAAUGGCCAAGAAUAUGUUGUCUUUAUUUUAGCUGUGAUGGAACACUCAGAAUCAACCAUGUAUGCAACCAGCCCAUAUUCUGAAACAGUUGUAUCAGUGGAUCUUAAUCCCCAGCCAAUUACUGAAGAGGAAGAGGGUUUGAUCUGGGUUGUAGGACCAGUCCUUGCAGUUGUAUUUAUCAUCUGCAUUGUUAUAGCUAUCCUACUUUAUAAAAGUAAACCUGACAGGAAAAGGGCAGAUACAGACUCUAGAAAGAACAGUAUCCCCAACAGUAAAGAAAUUCCUUCACAUCAUCCCACAGAUCCAGUAGAACUAAGACGCCUAAAUUUUCAAACUCCAGGUAUGGCUAGCCACCCACCAAUACCUAUUUUAGAACUUGCAGAUCACAUUGAAAGACUGAAGGCAAAUGACAACCUGAAAUUUUCCCAAGAAUAUGAGUCAAUCGACCCAGGUCAGCAAUUUACAUGGGAACACUCUAAUCUGGAAGUAAAUAAGCCAAAAAACAGAUAUGCAAAUGUCAUUGCUUAUGAUCAUUCUCGAGUUCUUCUAUCAGCAAUAGAAGGCAUACCAGGCAGUGAUUAUAUAAAUGCUAACUAUAUAGAUGGUUACAGAAAGCAGAACGCUUACAUCGCAACUCAAGGAGCUCUUCCCGAAACCUUUGGGGACUUCUGGAGAAUGAUGUGGGAGCAAAGGAGUGCCACUGUUGUUAUGAUGACCAAAUUAGAGGAAAGAUCUAGGGUUAAAUGUGAUCAGUAUUGGCCAAGCAGAGGAACAGAAACAUAUGGAUUGAUUCAAGUCACAUUGCUGGACACCGUAGAAUUGGCAACAUACUGUGUCAGAACAUUUGCUCUUUAUAAGAAUGGAUCGAGUGAGAAGAGAGAAGUUAGACAAUUCCAGUUCACUGCAUGGCCAGAUCAUGGCGUUCCAGAACAUCCAACACCAUUCCUAGCUUUCUUACGGCGAGUUAAAACUUGUAAUCCUCCUGAUGCUGGACCAAUGGUUGUACACUGCAGUGCUGGAGUUGGCAGGACCGGCUGUUUCAUUGUAAUAGAUGCCAUGCUAGAGAGAAUAAAACAUGAAAAGACUGUAGAUAUUUAUGGCCAUGUAACUCUGAUGAGAGCCCAGAGAAAUUACAUGGUUCAAACAGAGGACCAAUACAUCUUUAUCCAUGAUGCACUGCUUGAAGCAGUGACUUGUGGAAAUACCGAAGUGCCAGCCAGAAACCUGUAUGCAUAUAUUCAGAAGCUGACACAGAUAGAAGCAGGAGAGAAUGUCACAGGAAUGGAAUUGGAAUUUAAGCGGCUAGCCAGCUCUAAAGCUCAUACUUCAAGAUUUAUCAGUGCCAAUCUACCAUGUAAUAAAUUUAAAAAUCGCCUUGUUAAUAUUAUGCCAUAUGAAUCCACAAGGAUAUGUUUGCAACCUAUCAGAGGAGUAGAAGGCUCUGAUUAUAUCAAUGCCAGUUUUAUCGAUGGAUACAGGCAACAAAAAGCCUAUGUAGCUACACAGGGACCUUUGGCAGAAACAACAGAAGAUUUCUGGAGAAUGCUUUGGGAGCACAAUUCAACCAUUGUAGUCAUGCUUACUAAGCUACGAGAAAUGGGCAGGGAAAAAUGCCACCAGUAUUGGCCAGCAGAGCGCUCAGCCAGAUAUCAAUAUUUUGUGGUUGAUCCUAUGGCAGAGUAUAAUAUGCCACAAUACAUCCUAAGAGAAUUCAAGGUCACGGACGCUCGGGAUGGCCAGUCCCGAACAGUGAGGCAAUUCCAGUUUACUGACUGGCCUGAACAAGGAGUGCCAAAAUCGGGAGAAGGGUUUAUAGACUUCAUUGGCCAAGUUCAUAAAACAAAAGAGCAGUUUGGACAAGACGGGCCAAUUUCGGUUCACUGUAGUGCGGGUGUUGGAAGAACUGGAGUGUUCAUAACCUUAAGCAUUGUGUUGGAACGAAUGAGAUAUGAAGGUGUUGUAGAUAUUUUCCAGACUGUCAAAAUGUUAAGGACGCAGCGGCCAGCCAUGGUACAGACAGAGGAUCAGUAUCAAUUCUGCUAUCGAGCUGCACUAGAAUAUCUGGGCAGCUUUGAUCACUAUGCAACGUAAAAACAAGUGGAAAAACGCUGACCCAUUCUGGAUUGUUAACUACAGGCCCUUUAAGAUCCAGAGAGCCUCUUCUGAGCCAUACAGUGUGCUUGAGAAGUACUUAACUUUAAAUUAAAGACCAAUUAGUGGGAAAUAUUAACAGGAGAAAAAAAAAACUGCCGGGUGAAUCAACAAUUCAGUCAUCAGUAAACUUAACCAGAAACAUAAUUAAAGAAACGUGACUAGGUUGAGGCACCGGAAGGAUUUCGGUUAUAGAGAUCCCAAGAUUCUGUUUUGAUUGAAUUUGAAUGAAAAGGAAGAGGACAUUCCUUCCAAGGACGAUCAUCUCGUUCAGGACCGCAUGAUAAUGAACGAUGCCAUCAUUAGGUUUCUGCAAUUCAGCACCAGAUGUUCGUCAGGAGGCCUGUCCCGGCUGCUCCAGAACAAAACCAUCUCUUGGUUCCAACAUACCCCCCUUCCCGCCAUAUUGCUCAUCAGUAACCUUUGGGGUUGGGAGGGCAAAGGGCAAAUGUUUGAAAAGAAAGUCCUUGAUUUAGUUUUCUAGUAUUGUAAAGAUACUGCUGACCUGUGCUUCAUUUUUAACUGUGUAAACUUUUUCCUUUUUUAAAAAAACAACAACAAAGGUUUAUCAUUCAAUGAAGUAAAUUCAAACAAAAAUUGCAUACCUGUUCAAUUUUUUUUGUUUGUUUCUGAAUUGUAGUUUUUUUUUAUGCUGUAGAACUGUUACCUGUAAUAUCUCGCUGUAGAAAUGUUAAAUAAUUUUGACAAUUUGCACAUUUUUGUGCAGCCCUAUAUUU